CUCACAUCGACGAAAUCCACCUCCUACCUGCCCCAAAGCUCGGCGCAGCAGAGUCAAAACCUUUUUCCAGUCCAUGUUCACAGAUUCUACCUUUUAUUCUUGAACAACCCAGACUCGGCACCAUGUCUGCCAACAACGCGAGCACACCUGGGACUCAGGCUGUCAUGUUGCCUUCCGGUAUCAAGAAAGACGAGUACCUACGGCAGUUGAAGGGUCUGGCCCAUUCGGUUUCAGAACUCAAGGCGGCUGGUUACGUGGUGGCACCGCUCUCUGAAUCCGAUCUGGAACGUAAGAAGAGGUGCAUUAAGUGUGGAUGCCGCUGCUCUCAAAGGGAGCGGAAACCAAAGCCACCCAAGGGGAACCCGGGGAAGAAAGAGGAACAAGCUGGCAAUCAGCCCGAAAGUCAAACGAACGAAGUUGGUGCAAAGAACGCAAAAGAGGUCAACUACCGAUGCAAAUUCCACCCAGGGAAAGUGGUGGCCAAGACAUGGACCUGCUGCAACGCCCACGUCUCCUCCAAACCCUGCUCCGGAAGCUCCUCGCACGAACCUCGACCCUACACCCCCGGCGAGCUCGAGCGACGAUGGCAGUUCCACCCAACACCCCCUCCCUCCUCCCCCCCAAAUUCCCCAAACAACAACAAUAAUAAAAAACAAGCAAUCGCCAUUGACUGCGAGAUGGGCACCGCCCGUGACGGCGAGAAGGAACUGAUCCGCCUUACCGCUAUCGACUAUUUCACAGGCGAGGUGCUUGUUGAUAGUCUGGUUUAUCCAGACGUGGAUAUGUUGUGUUAUGAUACGAGAUAUUCAGGGGUGACGAGGGGUGAUAUGGAAAGGGCGAGGAGGCAGGUGAGGUGUUUGUUGGGGAAGGGUGCGGCCAGGAGGGCGCUGUGGAGUUUUGUUGGGCCGGAGACCGUGGUGGUGGGGCAUUCGGCGCAGAAUGAUCUGGCGGCGUUGAGGUGGGUGCAUACCUGUGUGGUGGAUUCGUUUUUGUUGGAGGUUGGGGAGAGGAGGAGGGAGGAGGAGCAGGCAAAGGAGAGGGAGGGGAAGAAGGAUUUAAAGGGGGUGGACUCGGAGGGGGUGAGUUCGAGGGAAGAAAAGGGGGGUGAAGCAGCAAAUGAAGGUGGGAAAGCUGAAGAUGGCAAGGCCGAGAGACUGAGUCUGUCGCUCAAGGAUCUCGCUUUGAGGAAGCUUGGAAGAGAAAUCCAGACUCGGGGAAGGAAAGGACAUGACAGCCUGGAGGACGCGGUUACCUCGAGGGACCUGGCCCACCGGCACAUCGAGAACCUGAUCAAGCCGUUGCAGGGCUAGGGGGCAAAGUCUAUUAUCGCCUCAUACGGCAGGAGACUCUAUCACGCCUU